CAUAUUGCAUGUUACAUCAUAGCCCUUAGAACAGCCAGAGGAACCCAGAAGAUAAAUCUUUCAAAGAAAAAAGGAGAGUGCUUAGAGAGAGAGCAAAACAUAUUAUUUUCAUUUUCAUCUUUUUUUGAGUAUCAACAAAUGGCAACCACUGUGAUGACCACUCUCCCCCAAUUCAGUGGUCUUAGACCCCAAUUCUCAGCUGCCCCUGUGAAGAACUUGGUUGCUGUGCAACCCAUGAGUCGCAAGGGGAAGGGUGCAUUGGGAGCUCGAUGUGACUACAUUGGUUCAUCCACUAAUCUGAUUAUGGUGGCUUCUACAACCCUGAUGCUGUUUGCUGGAAGGUUUGGAUUGGCUCCAUCAGCAAACAGGAAAGCCACUGCAGGGCUAAAGCUGGAGGUGAGGGACUCAGGCUUGCAGACUGGUGACCCUGCUGGCUUCACCCUUGCUGACACCUUGGCCUGUGGAUCUGUUGGCCACAUCAUUGGGGUUGGGGUUGUUCUUGGUCUCAAGAACAUUGGUGCCCUGUAAAAAGCAACUAUAUAAGUUUAGUGCUUGAUGCAUCUGUAAUCAAUGUUAUUAUGUACUUCAUUUUCACAUCACUCUGCAGUCUUUCUCAAACUUAGCAUAAUAUUCAGUUUCUCCCUUUUCCCUCCUAA